AUGCUCGGAAAUCAUUGCAGAAUCCGAUGUGAGCUUUGCAUCUCAUGCUCCAUGAAGUUAGGGCAGUCUCUUGAGUCCAUGGAACUUGAGAUUUCAGCGCAUUUUCGGUGCCAUCGAAAUGUUUUAUGUGUCUUUAACAUGCGGUGCUUCACGUCAUUAGGAUUACAGCUUAUGUCGCCUCAAUGUAUGAAGGUCUACUUCGAGGCUGUACACGAGAUGCCGAAGCUCCGGGGCUUACACAUUCUCCCUCUAAUUUUCCUUUCAUUGCUUGCAUCCAACACUCGAAAUUAGAAAUGCUCACAAUUACAAGAACGCGCUGAACCGGAUCCAGACCUAGGGAAGUGUUGCAUGUUGCCUCGUCCAGCAUAUCAAAUUUUCCAAAGACUUAGAGAACGAAGCACCACGAUAAGCAUCAACUUAUUUGGUGCCGACAUCGACUGACCAUGUGUUGAUGUGUCGAAUUUGAAUAUUAGAGGUUGCGCGCA